AUGAAAUAUAACACUAAACGUGAUAGACCUACACAUAAAACCAACUACACCUAUCUUGUGAAUGAUAUGCCAGUACUAGUGUCACUGCCUCAGAAUGAAUUGGCUGAGCUGCUCAAACCUAUAUCCGAAAAGAUCUUGGGAGUCCAGAAUUUCAGGGAAAAGAACCGUGGCAGUAAACUUUUCAACCAUCUGUCUGCCGUUAGUGAAAGUAUUCCUGCACUUGGAUGGAUAGCUGUGGCUUCUAAACCAGGUCCCUACGUCAAGGAGAUGAAUGAUGCGGCUACAUUUUAUACUAACAGGGUCUUGAAGGAUUACAAAGAUGUGGAUAAAAGGCAUGUUGAUUGGGUUAAAUCGUAUCUGAGCAUCUGGUGUGAACUUCAGUCUUACAUCAAAGAGUAUCAUACUACAGGCCUUAGCUGGAGUACAACUGGCCCAGUUGCUUCCAGAGUUGCUAAAGCAGCAGUUGGCUCAUGCCCCCCUCCUCCACCUCCCCCUCCACCUCCUGGACCUCCUCCAGUGUUUGACACUGAGACUUCAAAAGAUGACAUUUCAGCUUCUCGUUCUGAAUUGUUUGCACAACUUAACCAAGGUGAAGCAAUUACUAAAGGGCUUCGCCAUGUGUCAGAUGACCAGAAGACCCAUAAAAAUCCUAAAUUACGUGCACAAAGUACAUCAGUAAGUUCUCCUACAAAAACUCCUAGUCCAACUUCUCCUAAAGUCAUACCUCAACAGCAUCACCUUCCAGUUUUACAGCUGGAAGGAAAGAAAUGGAGAGUGGAAUACCAAGAGAAUGCCAGCCUUGUAAUUUCUGAAGCAGGACUCAGGCAGGUGGUUUACAUUUUCAAGUGUAACAAGUCUACAGUGCGGAUCAAAGGCAAAGUAAACUCAAUUAUAAUUGAUAAUUGCCAAAAGCUGGGUCUUGUGUUUGACAAUGUUGUGGGUAUUGUUGAAGUGAUCAAUUCAAAAGAUAUUCAGAUUCAGGUUAUGGGGAGAGUGCCAACAAUGUCCAUUAACAAGACAGAAGGCUGUCAUGUAUACCUCAGUGAAGAAUCACUAAAUUGUGAGAUUGUGAGUGCCAAGUCAUCAGAGAUGAACAUUCUAAUCCCACAGAAUGAUGAUUAUAAAGAAUUUCCUGUUCCAGAACAGUUCAAGACAGUAUGGGAUGGAUCCCGACUGGUUACUGAAGCCGCAGAGAUUGUUGGAUAAUAUAAUGUGCUUGUCAUUGCUGCUUGUGAUUAAGGCAAUCAGCUACAACUCAGUGACAAUGGUUAAAACUACUGUAGUGGAGUGUCAGGCAGUAUCAUUGUAUAUUAUAAUGUAGGGGGGGGGGUGCAGUGAAUUGCCUGACUGGCAUAUGUUCAGAUGUUGAUGCCUUAUCGGUUUGUAUUACUCCUACGUCAGUAGAUUUCUCAUCAUGCUAGUUUAAGGUUGAAUCACACAGAUAAGGUAAACAAAAGUUUGUUAAAAUGGUACAGUUCGUGGCCAUUAAAAAAAUUGCACAAAUAACCAGACUCACUUCACCGUACCUACCCAUCUAAUUAAAUUUUUUUUGUUAAUUUGCUUUUGUAAAUGAGAUCCAUGUACUGCAUAUAUGUUUUUAUUCCAUACUUUAAUUAUAAGAAGUUUUCAAGGCACUGAAGCAUUUGUUUUAUAUGUUAAUUUAGACAACACUUGGUAGGUAUUUCAAACCUAGAUGGCAGUUGCAUGUUUUAGUAGCACUAAAUACUAUGCUGCCUGACACAGAUUAGUAUACUAACAUUUAUUGCAUGUUGUUUGCCAUAGUUAAAGGCAAAAGAAUACUUACUACUCAGAGCAAUUCACAAAACAAAUAUUAUUGCACUGUAGAAUAUACAAUGUAUUUUACCUCAGUAUGUAGUUGAUAAACACAUAUCUCUUAAUAUUAAUUGAUUUUUAUAAAAAGUAGGGCUGUUUGCAUUUAAAAGAGUUGAUGCCAACUUCAGGUUUAUCAGGUAGUAGUUAAGUUACCGAUUGUGUGAAAAUUCAGAUGUGUCAUUGACCUAAUGAUGGAGAAAGUUGCUAGCUGCAAUCACUGUUUUCAGAAUACUUAAUUCUUUUUUAAAUCUUUGUUGAUCAUUUUAUUUGAAAAAAAGAAGUGUUUGCUGCACCCCUCCCCCCACCCCACCCCCCUCGACUCAUGAACUAGACCAAAGUCAAGUUGCUACUCUGAGUUUCCUACACAGUCACCUCCUGGUCUGCAGUUAUAAUUCCUUUUUUCAUGCUAUUUGUGAUAAACUUUUCAGCAUACUUUACUCUUUAUGUACUGGGAGUUUCUCUGCACACUGUUUGAACAGCACACACAGAAACCUGGGCAGAUUACUGGUGAGCACCAGAUUGUCACAGGUGUUUACAUUCAUAUGCUCAUUCUGAAUGUUAUGCCACCAUUCAUGGCAGUACUUAACAAUGUACUUUCUCAUUUUUCAUAUCUGUGUUUUCCAAAUUACCGAGUUUUGACUUUUGUCAGAGAAUCUUUUGGAGGAGGGAUUGAUGCUCGUGUUAGGUACUAGACAAUCUUUAAUUUAGCUUUUUUAUUUUCAAAAAUAUGCAGGAGAACUGAACAAAUAGCACUGACUUCUAAAGCAUUUUGCACUUGAUAGCUGUUAGGAUUUCCUUUUCUGAUAUCCCUAGCUUGACAUACCUCUAAAAUGUGUCCAACUACUAUCAGUAGGGGCAUAUGAGCCCCAUGAAAUUGCAUGUCUUGAUUUCACAUUCUGCUCUUCAAGCCCAGGCAUAGCACCAGUGCUUCCCAAUUCUUCAAGGUCUACUUUGCUAUCUCAUAUAUCAGUGUUCCCCAUCCCACUCACUCCCUGCCUCUAUAUCCCCAUUAUCCAAGUUGACUGUAGUGGCACAAUGUCACUAUACAGAUUGCUGUUGUGCAAAUACACAAAACUGAAAUGUGACCUGUACUGGAAAAGUAUUUUCUCAGAUAAUUAAUGCAGCCCUCCCCCCACCCCCAUAUCACAUAUCAGAACAACCAUGAAUGGAGACUUCUGGUACACUUGUCAUAUUUACAUGGAUGUGGUAGACGUGUAAUAAUACAAGAGAAUGUACGGUUCAGUGAUAACAUGUAUUUCUCAGCAUCUUUGAAGCUGGUAAGCUAUAUCUAACAGGAGUAAAGCAUCCAUUUCUAGUAUAUAUAUAUAUAUAUAUAUAUAUAUAUAUAUAUAUAUAUAUAUAUAUAUAUAUAUAUAUAUAUAUAUAGUGGCACAGUCACAAACAAGUGGUAACCACAAUGUGUACCAUUCAGCUUCCUACAAGUAAUACACACCACCCUCAGCUUUUCAGCAAAGAGGAAAAACAAAAGAUUUCUUAGUUUAACCUGUAGCAAGCUGAAGUGCCUUUCUGUACUGCCAUUUCAAAAGUCAGAAACUCUUGACUGUGCUCCCUAAUGCUUUUGUCCUGUGGCAGCUGCUCCCUUCACCCUCACCCUUGCUCCAUUACUGAUGUCCACCUUCUUUGAUAUCUAAAUCCUUAAGGCAGCAACAUUCUAGUACUAGUAUUAGUUGCAUCGUCAUACCUCUGUUCAGCUAACUAAUAAGACAUUUCCCAACACAAAUUUUACAUGUGGAGUGCAGGUCCGACAGAGAGAUAUAGACCAGGCACCACUCUUAAAAAAUGUUCAGGAAAAUGAAUGUGCUAGAAAAUUUCUUUAGUUACAGUUGUUGCCUUCUCAUGGAGGUGAGGUUAAGGGAAUCCUGUCUGAUCAAAGUCUUUCAUGACCAGAGCAACCCAGAAACUACAGUGGACAGCAAGGAUGUGGUUUCAGACACUAAGAUUCCUUCAAAUGCUGAAGACUUUUUCUGUACACGCCACAAAAGUCCCUUCAGCUGGGGUGAAAAGUGUCUCUGCCUGAGGACUUGUCUGCUCUAUUAGAUGUUUUGCUUCCACCAGAUCUUCUGGUAUGAGUUUCAGAAGUGAACUACAAGUAAAUAUCUUGAUUGUUAGGUAUAUUGUUUUAGGGAGGUGUCCUACACCGCAUUGCAUUUAAGUUGCACCUGGUCAUGACCUAUCUCAAGCUCUUCAGUGUGGGUCUCAGUUAUUCUGUGGGCAUGGUGCAUGUUUCUGGCAUAUAUGCACAUCAUGACCUUCUGCAGAGCAGAACUGUGGCCUAGUACUAGGUACUUGAACAGCUGAAUUUCAUAAGGAUGAUUUGCAUCUUUGCCCUUCUUUUUAAGAAGACAUCAUCUCCAUGAUGCAUGAGAUUCUUGACUGACAGGUUUACCUAUCCUAUUCAAACCAGUUGAUUCACUUACUCGGCAGUUCAUCCUUUAGAAGUUACAGUUCUUAAUAGCCGUCACCUCUGUCCAGAGUUGCUGGCCUUACAUGUAGAGACCUGUUUGGUCUUUUAUAUAGAUCGGUUGUGCUUUAGAACUACUACAAGGUUCAACCAAAAGAAAUUUGCAAAUUGUCCAGAGAGAGAGAGAAAGAUUUUCUCAGUCAGUUCAUUGUUUUUCCUAUUAAAAAUGUCUGUUUUUGUUUACAUUGCUGUAGUUAAGUUGGGGCCUCGGUGGCUAAACAAGCUCUAAGUGCACUGAUACUGCAUUGCCUUUUGCCACCAGAUGCCUAACUGCCCAUUAGAAAUGCUGCCACUCCAUGGGAGUGAGACACUGUUUCAGUCCCUGCAUUCAAAAAUCUCUGUUGUGGACAUUUGUGCCACAACUUCUUGGUUAUCUGUUCAGACGUCAGCAGGCAUUAUUACUUGGACCUUAAGUCCAAGAAUGAGGCCUGCUGUAGCACCUUGUUACCUCAGGACUUGACCUGAGCCAUUGCCUUUUGGACUUCCAGCUGUGUCAACCUCCAAUGGAUGUCUAAUUAUUUUGCUUGGGAAUCUACUCAACAGUUGCCCAUAGAACAGAGCCUUUAAAUUUUGAUAUUGCAGGUAUUUACGUGCAGUUUAUCUACAAGAAUGCCCUUACUAAUUAUCCCCUCAGUGCCCCUGAAUCUGAACUUUCUCUCUAUCCAGAAUGUGAAUGUGAAUUUUGCUGGAAAAGUGCAUACUCAUAUAUGUUUUCAUUCUUUUUGUAUGUUCUAACUGUGGAGCACACUUAGUGAGCUCUCUGUCCUACCUUGACAUGUGCUGCCAUAGUUUAUGCCACAAAGACAUUAGGAGGCACACCCACACAUAUGCACUUAAGCUUGGAUGCUGAAGAAAUUUCAGGACUGUGGUUAGGCGAGAAUAUUAAAAGAUGAAAUCCCAACAGUCACCCACUGCAGAGGACAUUAAAAGUAUGUAAAUUCGAAUAGUUACCCACUGCAGAGGUCCUUAAAAAUAUGUAUUUGUUGCAUACCACCCCUUCAUCAUUAGACCAUUUCUUAUCCUUUCCAGUGGAAAAGAAAAGUAGAGAGAGGGAAAGUAUGUUCUUUUUAAUUGUGUUUCAAGAAAUAUGAUGUUUCUGAAGUGCACACAUUUAGUUAUUGUACAAGAGAAAAAAAUAUCAGCAGGCUUAAGCAGACUUGUUAUGGGAGGUUUUUGCAUGUAAAGUAUGACAAAAAUUACUUUCCAAGAAUUUGAGGGAAAAUUGCACUCUUCUAGAAAAGUACAAAACAAAAAGCAGUAGCAUUAAUAUAGCACAUGAAACAUGCACAUAAGAUGCAUGCACACAUAUAUAUGUACUUACCUUUAUAGAUAUGCUUGUGGAUAUAGUAUGGUUAAUAUGCCCAUCUUAUAGGAAAAUAGUGAGGUAGGUCAUUGCCAUAGCUCUGAUUUUGGUAUUAAAACUUUUCUGUGCGCAGCAAGCAAGCAGCUGUAGCUUAAUCACAGACUGCCCAACAUUCUGGGAGUACAUUGUCCCAAAUUCAGAAGUGAUAUGAGGUACACGUCACACACAUUUACACUGCGUAGCAGUCUAAUUAAUAAUAAGACCUUAUUGCCCAAUUUUGAUACUUUGAUGUAGUGUUCCUUUCUAGAAAAAGCUCUCACAAAUUGCUAGCUUAGUCCCACCACUGCAUAGUGCUUUGGGGAAACAGCCCCCCCAGACUCAAAAAAAGAAAGAAAGAAAACAGUUGCUACUAAAAUUACUUCUUGUGUUUUCUGUAUGCAGUGUAAAUUUUUCAGUGUUAAUGGACUUUAUAUGCACAGUUUCUACAGCUGCUGACUGUCCUUUUUAACGGCUUGCUUUGAAGGCCGUGAAGCAACUUACAUAUUGAAAAUUACAUCAAUGUCUUCAUUCAUAGUGGCACUUUUUUUUAGAAAUUUUGUUGAUAUAAGUUCUGAAAAAGUUUGUCCCACUUGAAAGAGGAGACUGUGAAUUUGGGGAUGUUUUAUGCAGUUGAUUAGAAAAUUGAAAUUGUGUAAUCUGUGCUUCAGUGCAGUUUAACAUUAUCUGAUUGCUAAAAUACUGUGUUUUAUAGAACUGUGAAUCCUGAAGAAAGGAAAGUAUUCAGAACAUAUAUAAAUGUAUAUAUAAAUAUCUCUAUAUAUGUUUUGCUCAGUAUUUAGUGAUAAAGUGGAUUUUUUCUUUCUGUGUAUUGAACUGUUACAUUCUAGUAGAUAACGUCUGUUGAAAUUAUGACCCCCCCCCCAUCACACAUUUGCGAAAUCCAAAAUUGUGGCUGCCUACAAUGCGGUUGGUGUAAUGGUUAAGGUGUUUACCUUACAGCUGCAAGAUGCAGGAUUUGAUUCUCGUGUGGAAUAAUUGGAUAGGCUUAAAAUGGCCCAAAAGGGCAGUUAGCCUAAUACUAAUCCAUGAACCUAUGAACCAGUUGUUUGGAAACUAAACUACAAAUUAAACAAAAAUAAACUUAUUUCAAAACUUGCUAUUAUAGUGUUAAAUCAUUCACACGCACACACAUACACACACACACACACACACACACACACACACACACACACACACACACACACACACACACACACACACACACACACACACACAGUUUUACUGCUGCUCCUAAAAAAGAAUUCUACCAGUGUCGGAUUUGAUAGAUAAUGUUUAAAAAUUACAAUUCAUUUAAUUAAAGACAGCAACAACUGAGGCAUUCUCCUUGCACAGUACAGACACUGAAGAACAGAAACACAGGAAACUCGGGUAAACUUCGUCUGUUCUUUAAAAUUUCAGAUACUGUUUGCAUGUGGCAGGAUGUUUGUCACAGGAGUUGUCACUGAAUCCCUUUAUUAAAUGCAUAUGGUUUUAAAAAAAUAUGCAUUCUUUGUAUUGUCUUUCUUUGACAGGACGCAGAUAAACUUGUUUAUGUGCUUGCUGCACAUAGUGUAGUGUAUUCAAGUACACUAAGGGAGCAGUCAAACAUACCAUGGCAGAAAAUAUUGAAUUUAAAUUGAAGGUUGCCUGGGCAAAUCACCCCCAUACUGGAGAGUUUGUGUAUUCCACAUACUCCUGUUUGGAAUGUAUGCAAUCCAGCAGCUUGUGAUGUUACAGGAUUUUCUAAAACUGAUUUUGUGAUAUAACUGCCUUAAUUUAAGUGAAUAAAAGUAUGUACACUUGUGCUGUUAGAGUAAGACUGACACAAGUUAUGAAUUAAAAUAAUUUUGGCAUUGCUUCCUUGAUCCAUAUUGAUAAAACAUUGUGUUAGUUUAUUAGUUGCUAAACACUGGGUAGAUGCAAGUGCUGUCUAAAUUGUGUUUGGCUGACAUCUGUUUAGUCAACAACAUUUAGACAGGUGUGCAGGAUCACACAAUUUUCAGGGAUGGGGAAUAUGCCCUUUCCCCAAUACUGCGUGAUCUCAGUUAGUAUAGUUAAUAGAUAACUAUAUAUAUAUAUAUAUAUAUAUAUAUAUAUAUAUAUAUCAGCAAUGUUUUUGUUAAUUUUUUUUUUAUUUUCAGUAUUGUACGCAGCGAGGUUGUUUCUCAGUGCAUGUAUAGCAGCAUGUAAACAUUUCUGAUAUUUUGCAGUCGACGUUGGAAUGUUGAUCUUUGGGUGUUUUGAGGAAAGUUAGUACUUGUAUAUAUUGGUUUAGUACCCACAGAAUUUAGUGUUCACAUUAGUCUGUCUGUGGAGAGUUGAGUUAUCAGUACCUAUUUUUAUGCAGUCAGCUGUGGAGGGUGAAAAUAAACCAAAGGACUGCCAGCAGAUUUCUGAGGUAUGCACUGAGCACAGCACAGGUCAGGCACAUGAUGCUGCCAUGUCCUUCCAUCCCCAGAAAGAUAUGCCCGAGUUAUGACUCUGGUCUUGUAAGUAAAGAUCUGGAUGGUCCAAAAAUGUUUUUCACCCUGAGUUUUGGAACACAAUUUGAGACCAGAUCCCUUCUUGGUCCACUCAGACAUGAACAAACAUGACAGCAUGAGUUUGUACUCCUGUGUGAUAGUGCUAUUUUGACAGUGGGCCAUAAAGUAGGUCAGCCCUAAGACAGUUGUUUGCAUGCAGCAGAAGUGAAUAUGCUUGUGGACUUUGUCAGUCACAGCUCUAACCCUCACCUUGAGUUGAAAAUAAGGAAAUAUUGCCUUCUGACAGUUGAGCACCCAGACAUCAACCUCCGGAGAAUAUUGUCCUCCCCUUUUCUGAUUGGUUCAGCAGGGUAAGGGCAAGAUGUGUUCUGUGGGUUAUGACACAGAAAUUUUCUCUAUCUUUCUGCCAUUCCCUCCAUUUUCUCAGCUAAAAGCAAAAUUCGGAGAAGAAAUCCAUACCUUGUCAGCAUUACCUUUUGGUAGCUGAGAAGGCUGCGGUUUCACAUCCUUGAGCUCAUGGCAGUACAAGAAACUGUCCCAGUACAACCUAAGGAAGACCCUUCUUAACUGAGGGAAUGUCUGGUAAUUUGCUACUCAUGCAGAUUCUGUUUCCAUUGAAUGUCCAAAUGUUUAAAGCCAUCUGGUACAUUUCCUUUCAUCACAGUUAUCUGACUGAUUGUAAUAGGUCAUCCUAUGGCUGGAGAGGUAUUCAGUGCCACUUCAGUCAGUUGUCUUGUAAGAGAUCUUCAGCUCUAUCAGGUUUGACUGUAUCUCAGUUAUCCUGCAGUCAAGGCACAUGCUUUUAUGACUUUCUAAAUGUUAUGCCCUUGGGGAGGACAGAACUCUGUGGCCCAGCACUAGCUGCUGAAACACCAACAUUUGAAGAACCUACUCAUCCUUGAGACCUGAACUUCACAGUUGGCAGGCAUGCCUGACUUCAGCUUCAACUAGCUAGUUCAGUGGAAAACUGUUUCUGGUGCCCAUCAACUCUGUUUUUCAGGAUGUAGGAGUUGCUAGCCCUGUCUUUACAGAAACUUGUUUGGUCUUUCAUAAACAUUUGGUAUCCCUUAGGAAUAACCCACAUUUUCUCCUGGAGGUGGUGUCACACGUAUCCUUAAACCAAGUACAUUCAUUACUCUCAUCAAAGGAAUCCAGGGGCAGUAAUCCCUGCAUACCUUGGAUGUUCAUUGGAAGCUCAAAUGUUGCUUGAAAGCAGUGCAUGAGUUCAGCCCAGGUUAUUUUAUGGAUAAGAAAGGUCUUUCAAGUGGAAUCUCCAAGUCUGUUUGCUAACAGCAUUGAUUUUUACCAUCAGGUGGUAACCAUUAGAAAAUAGUGCCGUCAGAAGCCACUCAACCAGAUGCAUGGUGGCUGCCAAUGCUUGCUUCAAAAAUGCGUCCUUUGUUGACAUUUGUGCCAUAUCCAUUUUGCUAGUCUGUUUACACCUUCACCAGGCAUUAUUAAUUGGGUGUUAAUUCACAAUUAGGCUUCCUUUGGCACUUUGUGCUUCAGAACUUGACCUUCUGAUUCUUUGUUAUGUUUAGAUUUACUCCUGUUCCAGCCUUACAGUGAGGUUUGAAUUGUUACUGCCUGGAGUAUUUUCCAACAUUUAUCCAUGGCAGAAGACCUUUGAAGUCAUCUACAUAACAAAUAGGUGCUCACUAUAUCAGUUGAUCAGUGAAUGAACCCUUCUACAUUUGGUGCUUAUUAUCCCCCCCAAUGUCUGGGCAGCCUCUUUAUACAACUACUGGCAACUGAUUUUCUUGUAUGUCAGCAAUUAUAUGAUUUUAUAUUCUUGUGUUUUAUUUCUCUUUCAGAUUGUUUGAUAAGUGCAUGAGAGCUGAACUAUGGUAUAUAGGUGGAAGGUACACCACCCUAGUGUGUGAUACAUGAUGUCAUAAUGUACACCAUCUGAAAGCUGUGGUACGAGUGAGCACUAGACAGAAUUCUAAAUUUUGCCAGGAUGGAGAUUAUUUGUUUCAACAAUGGAAAAACAUUCCCAAUUUAUACUUGUGCAGAUCUAAAGUUCUACUACAUAUGUUGUCAGUUGUGUUUACCAUAGUGUGCAGUAAAAGUCUCAGUGUUUUAUUUUGUUAAUUUGACAAAAGUCUGCAGAAUGAAUUUCAGUUACUGCUGUACUUUAUGAAGAUGUGUUCAGUUUAGAUAAUUGCAUUAACAGUUUUCCUUUUAUAAUUUGCACUAGUAAUGUACACAGUCCUUGCUCAUUAUUUAUUAAUUGCAUCUUUAAUGAGAAAUGCAUGUAAUUUUAUGCAUUUAUUGUCUUUAUAAGAAGAAAUUCAAAGGCCUUCUUAUUAUCUUUAUUGCCUUCACAUUAACCAACAGUUGAAUCAUUGUACUAACUCUGGGAAUGAUUAGGCACAGCCUAUAUCAGGUUAAUAACACCAGGAUUAUUAACUUUGUGUUUCCAGAUGAUUGCAGCUUUCUGAUGUAUGAGCAUUCAUCACAGCAAACAAUGUAAAAUGAUUUAUAGUUAUACAAAAAUGUUUCAUAUGUAUGUGGGGAAAAUGUCGAUCUGUACAGCUGAAGUAGUGUGUGUAUAACAAAAUGAUUUGACUGCCUGAUACCCACAUUGUUUUGUAGUUGAUAACAUACUGGUGUCUUAACAUUAAAAGUAAUCCACAUUAAAAACGGCAA